UCUCGGUUCCUUAAGAGGCAGAGGAGCCAUCAUCAACAUUUUUCUUUGUAUAGAAAGAUGAGAGGCUGAGGAUCAACCAGCCUGAAGACGCUGCUCUGAAAAAGCAGCUUCCUUUUACACCUGUAACAGCAGAAACAGGGAUUGGGUUAAGACGUCUACACGACCAGGUGGAUGGAUGGAGAUAUGUUUUCCAACACCACCUUUGUCCACAUCUGACAUUCAGUGUAUUUUUUUUUUAAAUCAGAGAGAACCUUCUUUUGAAACAGCUUAAAAACCAAAUGUCUUUCCCUGACAUUUAAAGAGACAUAAAAUCCUUCCGGCGUCGUUGCCACACUUCUCUUCUCUCCUGCAAAUUGCUGCUGUUUCCCUGCUACUUUGCAGUUAUUCACUUUGAUCAUUAGCCGCCUCUCAGUAAUGUGACCGGCGCAGGGCAAAUAGAAGGUGUAUUCCUGACUAAUCCAAUUUCAGUCCGUGCUUCCGGUCUCCUCCACAGUCCUCGUGGUCCAUUCAAUGGAGGUAGCAUCAUGCUCAGAAUGAGAAAUCUAAUAUUCUGUGUUCUCGCCAUCACGGCGCUCGCCCCGACUCAAGGUGAGGAGAACAAGCAAGGGGAGCCGCUCAUGGAUUCAUUUACAGAAGAUGGAAAGUAUCUGGAGUGUUUCCGCUGUGACCUGGGCUUCUGGGACACCUGCUACACCACCCAGACCAAGUGCGGCCUCGGCGAGCGCUGCUUCACAGGCCGAGGGAAGGCAGCGGAUGUUCUGGAGGUUAAGACUCUGGGUUGUGUGAAAGCAGAGGAGUGCGAUGUGGAGAACUCGGUGGAGCUCUUCCCCAACCAGACUGUCUUCGUCAUGACCAAACACUGCUGCGACAAACCGUUCUGUAACUCGGCCCACAGACUUCCUCUCUGUACUCUUUUGUAUGUCACUGUGGCUAUUCUAACGGCCUGGCACGUCACUGGACCCUCAACGUGAUCACAGCAAACAUUCUACAUUUAGUUACUGAUCUUAAGAGAAGAGAUGAUGAAUGGACUGAAAAUUCACCAGCUUUUACAGAUUCUUUUGUACUGUCUGGUAGGCCACUGAAUUAUUAAACGUUACUUGUCAAGGCAUAAAAUGUAUUAAA